AUGCCGUUUGCUCUUCUACUCACAAUCUCAAACGUUCCGAGUAAAGGCUUCGUUAUUAAUUCCAUUGAUUCACUCCCCCCACUAUGUGUUAUGGUUAUUAGAAGCUAUGGUGCUAGAAACUUGGUAUUUCUCCGUCGCUAUUCAGGGAGCUGCAGAGCGAUUCUGACGAAACCCAAGGAGAUGGUCAAUGAUUGUUGGUGCAGAAAACCCGGUUUUCUGAUAUCUGCGGCUGAGAAAAUAUUCAACGCUGGUGGUAAGAAAACGAGAGCUUUAAAUAUCUUUUUUCUUACCAAAGAUGGUUUGGUGCAGGUUAACUACUUCCCUUCAAGGUAUAACCCGGUUCGCCAUGCAGAGAAGUAUCCAACUCCACCUGCAGUCUGCUAUGGAAAACGUGAGAGGUUUAUUAUUGAGAAGGAGAACAACUUCAAAGAGCCUAGAGAUAUAUAUUGUUCCUUCACACCAGAGAGGCAAGAAUGUUUCAUCGGUCGAUGGAUUGAUGCUCUAUCAGACCCUCCCAUCACACAUAAAAUCCGCAGCAUCUGUAUAUCUUACUGGUCCCAGGCUGAUAAGUCACUGGGACAUAAGCUGGCAAGCCGUCUGAACGUGAGACCAAGCAUUUAAAACGAGUGAACCAGAUGCUCGAUUGGUCGUUGUGUGGUUCCAACAGACAAGAGAAGAAAGAUGUGAAGAGAUCAGAUGUGCCAUGAUAAUAUUAUUGUUUUAAGACCAGAUGGGAAGAGAUAGAU